AUGUCUGCUCUCCUCGAUGAGGCUACGCGGAUUGCCCGCCAGUUCGACUACCCCGCCGCUGAGGUGCGACGCGGGGUGGCGGAGUACAUCCGCCAGAUGAACGAGGGCCUGACCAAGGAGCACACGACCCUCAGCCAGAUCCCAACCUUUGUGACCUCAGUACCCAAUGGCACGGAAAAGGGAUUGUACCUGGCAGUAGAUCUCGGCGGUACCAACUUCCGCGUGUGUUCCAUCGACCUCCAUGGCGACACCACCUUCUCCCUCACCCAGUCCAAGAUCAUGAUCCCGCGCGAGACCAUGUCGGCGGGGUCGGCCAAGGAGCUCUUCCUGUUCCUGGCCCGCCAGAUCGAGUCCUUCCUGCGCAUCCACCACAACGAGCACUUCGAGGCUCACAUCCGGCGCCGCAAUGAGAAGAACGGCAACUGCGAGGAGGACCUGUUCGACCUGGGCUUCACGUUCAGUUUCCCCGUGCGUCAGCUGGGCAUCAACAAGGGCACCCUGAUUCGCUGGACGAAAGGGUUCGACAUCCCUGACGCCGUGGGCCAAGACGUCUGCGCGUUGCUGCAGAGCGCCAUUGACGAGCUGGAACUCCCGGUGCGCGUGGCCGCCCUGGUCAAUGACACCGUGGGAACCUUGAUGGCCCGCUCGUACACCUCCCCUGGCGAGACUGGGACCUUCCUCGGCGCCAUCUUUGGCACGGGCACCAACGGCGCCUACGUGGAGAAGCUCGAUCGGAUCACCAAGAUGCAGACCAUCGAGCACUCGGAGUAUGACAAGACGACGGGCGAGAUGAUCAUCAACGCCGAGUGGGGCAGCUUUGACAACCACCUGAGCGUCCUGCCCAACACGGUCUACGACCAGCAGCUGGAUGCGGACAGCAUCAACCCGGGCGUGCAGAUGUUCGAGAAGCGGGUCUCGGGGAUGUUCCUGGGCGAGAUCCUGCGCCUUGUCAUGCUGGACAUGCAUCGCAACGAGUCCCUGGGCUUCCUCAAGACCAGCGCGUCCUCGGACGUGUCCGUUCCGAAGACGUCGUCCCUGUACCGGCAGUGGGGGAUCGACACGAGCUUGCUGAGCUUGGUCGAGGCGGACAAGACGGAAGGAUUGGAGGAGAUCAAGGCGGCUCUCAAGGACCACCUGAAGAUCGAACGUCCCAGCAUCGCGGACUGCAAGGCGAUCCAGACCGUGGUGCACGCCAUCGGCAAGCGCGCCGCUCGCCUGGGCGCCGUGGCGCUUUCGGCCGUCCUCAUCGCCACCAACAGACUGGACAAGGGCGACCUGGUUGAUAUCGGUGUCGAUGGCAGUCUUGUCGAGUACUACCCCAACUUCGAAGGAUACGUGCGCGAAGCCUUCCGCGAAGUGCCCGAGGUGGGAGACGCCGGCGACAAGAGGAUCCGCAUCGGUAUCUCGAAGGAUGGCAGUGGAGUGGGAGCCGCUCUGAUUGCCCUGGUUGCCAGCAAGGAAGAUGCCCGGAUGAAGGCCCAAUAA